UGACUCGCUCAUCCAGCUGGUGUCAUGGCAGCAGCUGAGAUGAACUUUCGAGCGCACUACUAUGACAAAGUCGGAUUUCGUGGAAUAAACGAGAACAGAUCGCUCGAAAUAUUGCUCAGCGAGAAGCCCAUAGACCUGAAGAAGCUUUCCAAUUUCUGUCGCAAGUUUUGUCUGCCCUCGGUUCAUCGGCUGACCGUCUGGAAAGUGUUGCUAGGAAUUUUGCCCACAUUUGAGGAAAACAUUACGAGUUUUGAAAAAGACGAAGAGGACCAGUACAACGACCUGAGGCGCGCUCUGGAGGUGAUGAGGGUCGUUAGAAAUGGUACGCCACAGGCUGACACGAUCGCCCUCAUGUACCUUGUGGGUGAAGGGAGGCUGCACCUUGACAUCGAACAGCAGAUGUCGGACGAAGAAGUCCAGCACAUCAGGAGCAUCGCAUCAGUCUUCACCAAGAUUUGCGGCAAGGAGGAAGAAGCCUACUGGCUGACCCGCAACUUCUGGAAACACCUCAAGAAGCUUGCUGUCGACUCGGAUGCCAUGGGAAAGCAAGUUGAAGACACAUUGGAAAAGGAAGAUCACGAGCUGUUCCAGCAGCUGCUGAAAAUCAAGGCGUUCCCAGUGCUGCCCCUAGAGACGUGGUUCCAGCGCUGUUUCGCUGAAGUUCUCGACGAGGACGCCUUAGUCAGGAUAUGGGACAAGGUGAUCGGCGGCUCGACCAAAAUCCUGCCCGACGUGGCGGCUCUCCUGCUCAUGUCCCUGAGAGCAGCCCUGCUCAGUGCUACCGUCACGGCCGAUGUACUUACACUUUUGAGCAAGAUUUCCAAAGAGGCUUCAGAAGCUGUGGUCAACAGGGCGCUGGAAUGACCCUCUGGUGGUACACGAGAACUUUAAGACUGCUUGUGACGUGAACAGACCCAUGCAGCCGAGGGGCUUUCUAGCAACAGUGUGCGUGCGUGCUUUUGUACAUAUAUGUGGUAAUGCGUGGUGGACUCUUGGUGUUGAGUGGGUGUGUCAGAGGUAUGUGAGAGCGUGAAUGUGAAAAGGUUGUGUUCGCGAAUUUGUUGUGCAAGUUAGGUUCAGUAACGAAUUAAAAACGGUGAGAUUAAAUGUG